GAAAUUGCGCUAGAUUUAGAAAAAGAACCCGAAGAAAUUGUUGGAAAAGUAAAGAAGCUGAAAGAGAAAGUUGUCGACAAAGCUGCUGAGGCGGAAAUUGCGCUAGAUUUAGAAAAAGAACCCGAAGAAAUUGUUGGAAAGGUAAAGAAACCGAAAAAGAAGAUUGCUGAUGAAGUGAAAGAAAAAGUUGUCGACAAACCUGCUGAGGCAGAAGUUGCAUUAGAUUUAGAAAAAGAACCCGAAGAAACUGUUGGAAAAGCAAAGAAGCCGAAAGGGAAAGUUGUCGACAAAUCUGCUGAGGCAGAAGUUGCAUUAGAUUUAGAAAAAGAACCCGAAGAAACUGUUGGAAAAGUGAAGAAGCCGAAAGAGAAGAUUGCUGAUGAAGUGAAAGAAAAAGUUGUCGACAAACCUGCUGAGGCAGAAGUUGCAUUAGAUUUAGAAAAAGAACCCGAAGAAACUGUUGGAAAAGUGAAGAAGCCGAAAGAGAAGAUUGCUGAUGAAGUGAAAGAAAAAGUUGUCGACAAACUCAUUGAGACAGAAGUCGUAUUAGAUUUAGAAAAACAACUGGAACAUGAAAUUAUCGAUGUUUCGAUCGUAAAUGUGAUUUUAGAAUCGGUUCAAUAUUCCAUUCGUUUAGCAAAGGAAGCAAAGACAGAGCAACCUAGCGAAGAAGUUGUUGAAAAAACAAAGAGGCCGAAAAAGAAGGUUUCUGAAGAAAUAAAAGAAGAAGCUGUCGAUAAACUCAUUGAGGCAGAGGUUCCAUCAGAUUUGGAAAAACAACUCGAAGAAAGUGUUGGAAAAGCAAAGAAGCCGAAAGAGAAGAUUGCUGAUGAAUUGAAAGAGAAAGUUGUCGACAAAUCUGCUGAGGCAGAAGUUGCAUUAGAUUUAGAAAAAGAACCCGAAGAAACUGUUGGAAAAGCAAAGAAGCCGAAAGGGAAAGUUGUCGACAAAUCUGCUGAGGCAGAAGUUGCGCUAGAUUUAGAAAAAGAACCCGAAGAAAUUGUUGGAAAGGUAAAGAAACCGAAAAAGAAGAUUGCUGAUGAAGUGAAAGAAAAAGUUGUCGACAAACCUGCUGAGGCAGAAGUUGCAUUAGAUUUGGAAAAACAACUUGAAGAAGCUGUUGGAAAAGCAAAGAAGCCGAAAGAGAAAGUUGUCGACAAAUCUGCUGAGGCAGAAGUUGCAUUAGAUUUAGAAAAAGAGCCCGAAGAAAUUGUUGGAAAAGUAAAGAAACCGAAAAAGAAGAUUGUCGACAAAUCUGCUGAGGCAGAAAUUGCGCUAGAUUUAGAAAAAGAACCCGAAGAAAUUGUUGGAAAAGUAGAGAAGCUGAAAGAGAAAGUUGUCGACAAAGCUGCUGAGGCGGAAAUUGCGCUAGAUUUAGAAAAAGAACCCGAAGAAAUUGUUGGAAAGGUAAGGAAACCGAAAAAGAAGAUUGGUGAUGAAGUGAAAGAAAAAGUUGUCGACAAAUCUACUGAGGGAGAAGUUACGUUAGAUUUAGAAAAACAACCCGAAGAAACUGUUGGAAAAGCAAGGAAGCCGAUAGAGAAUUCUGCAGUAGAGUCUUGGUGUAAGGUGAUAAAAAGUGAACGAGAAGUUGAAUUUAAUAUUCAUCUUUCCGGAGUAAAGGCUUCUCUGACCAAGGAAACAAGAGUUUCAUUGUGUGUUGAGAAAUCUCCAGAGCAUUGCUUCGCCGACACAAUAACCACAUCUGCAGGUUUUUGUUACUGUAGUCUUUUUGUUGUACUUCCUGGAUUACCGAAUGCUAUUAAAGAAGGAAUGGAAAGGCCGACAGAUUUGAGUGUGAUGAAAACAAAGCAUGCUCAAGAAAUUCCCGUCGAGACGGUUUCUAUUAGUUUCGAGCUCACAAAACAGAGGACUCAAAAAAUUGGUGUUGGUACUAUUUUUAAUUCCGAGCGUCCAACGGAGCAAAUUGAACUCGUUGAGGAAAUUAUAAGAGCAAGCCCAUAUGAUGAAACUGUUCAAAUUUUAAUGCUUAGUGAGAAGUGCUCAUCGUUUAUGUCACUUUGUAUCGGUGGGAAAACUGAAAAUGAAGAUGUUGAUGUUGAUAUCAAUAGAACAGUAUUUGACAUACCGGGAAGAAGAUCGAAGGAGCGUUCGAAAUCUGUAGUAGCUGACAUUGAAGUGGAUGCUGGAGAGGAAAUGGCAACAACAGAUGCAAUUGUGGAUGUAUUGACAAGUUUCGAAGAAACUGAACUAAUUAUAAAUGAGUUGGCAUCAGAUUUUCUUGAUGUUGGUGUUACUUUAGACGCUUUGAUGGAGGACGAGUCUAUUGAAGUUAUUGGUCCCGUCUUCCAUAGUCAAACUGCCUCAUUGGUAGUUCAAAUGUCAACAGCAGUUGCCGCCGUUUCACGGCUCAUUGAAGAAGUUAAAAUGCUUGUCGCAAAUGCAGAAACUGAAAUUUUGUUAUCUGCAACAAGCGAAACCGAAAUGCAACAACUCAAUCUUAAACUACAGAAAACUGAGCGCAAAUCACUCAAAAAUUCUGAAAUUGAUCAUAAACGUGAAGAUGCAGGAAAAGAAUCGCAAGAUAUUGACAAGGGAAACAAAGAGAAGCCUAAAGAAGGAAUAGAGAAAAAGAAGAAGAAAAUACCAAAAGCGCUUGUAAUUCCUGCGGAAAUAAGCUCUAAAUAUGGUGAUAAAAGUACGCUUCUAUCUGAGACGAUUAUGAUAGCAGAAAUUGUAAUGAAUGAAGAAACGGCAGAAGUUAAAACAUCACCGAAGAAACCUCUCUCGGCUUCUCUUUCAUUAAAAGUGGAUUCUGCCAAGAAUCGUAAAUCCGUCAGUCGACGAGCAUCUUCUGCAGAAAAUUUCACGUUUAAAGACAUUGAAAAAGAAGCGGAAAUUGAAGUAGCUAAAGAAAGUAUGGGAGAAACGAAAAAGCGAACUGGCUUACCACCACUUCCCAAAACAAAAAAAGAGAUGGAAGUUGAGUUUGUUUUUGCACAGGAUGAAUAUCAAGAAAAUACCGAGAAUAUCUUCCCUAUUAAAUUUAAUGAAGAACUUGUAAUAGCUAUACAAGCAAUAGCAAAGAGUCAAAAGAAAAAAAUGGAAAAGGCAAAGAAAGAUUUGGAGGAAGAGAAGCAGGAGGAAAAAUCGAUAAAAGAAUUGGAAGAAACUGAGACGAUUGAAUUAGCACGGACUGUCAAAGAUAGUGAAAAAGAAGAAGCUUAUGAACGUGUUCGAAGGAAACGUGUCGGAUUCAUUCAGCCACCUGAUAAAGAAAUUAUUGCAUUCCGUGGUGAUACCAUUAAAAUUGAAUGCGAACUGGUGAAUAAUGAUGAUUGCACGUGGCUCAUUAAUAAUAAACCUGUAAGUGAAGAUUCAAGAUGCAAUGAGGAAGUUAAUUCAUUGAUAAGAACACUAACAAUUACGAAUAUUUCACCAAAAGAUAAUGAAACGAUAAUCGUUGCAAAAGUAGGCGAUGUUGUCGCUGAAACGAUUAUUCAUGUAGAAGAUACACCAGCAGAGAUUAUUGAGCCGCUACCACGUCGUAGUUUUGGUAAAUGCGGUGAAGAUGUAGUACUUGCUGUAUCUGUCACGCAUCCACCGUAUUCCAUUAUUUGGGAAUUCAACGGAGAGAAAUUGUCGGAAGAUGAUAAAAAUUAUGUGAUUGCUGGGGAAGGGAAUACUUACACAUUAACAAUCAAAAAUGCCACGUAUGAUCAUGCUGGGCGUUAUUCCAUAAAGGUGGAUUCAUUAGAAACUUCCACAAUGCUAAUAAUGCAAGGAGCACCAAUUGUUGAGAAACAGGAACCGGAAAGUGUUGAUUUCGAAGUUCAUGAAAACCUUCUUCUCAGUAUUCGUUGUAAAUCAGUACCGGAACCAACGAUUGCUUGCUUCUUUAACAAUGAGCCAUUGUUAGUUGGAACAAAAUUGAAACUUGAAAUUAUCAACGAUGUGGUUCAGUUUUGCAAACGGAAAACCAAUAAAAAUGAUUCUGGUGAAUAUACUUUCAAGAUCAGCAAUGAAUUUGGCGAAGCUGUCAAAACGUUCACUGUUAAUGUUAAAGAUAUAUGCGAUGCUCCUAGAAAUCUGCGAAUUACGGAUAUUUCUCGUGAUACAGCAAGUAUAAAAUGGGAGGCUCCAAAGGAUAGUGGUGGUAGCAAAAUUAUUGGUUACAUCAUUGAGAAAAAGGAAAUUGGUCGUCGAACAUUCCAUCAUGUUAUUCAGGUGACAGGUGACAAAACGAACUGUCUGAUUGAAGAUCUUGAUGCGGACACCGAAUAUAAUUUCCGUGUUGCCGCCGUUAACAAGUAUGGCACUGGUGAAUUUGCUGAAUUUCCUAUCGCACAUACUAGUGCUGCACCAGAAGAAUCUGAAGAGAUAUCAGAAGAAGAAAUGCAGCUUAGGAAAACUCCGGAAAACAUGGAUGAGGAACAAGAAUUAAUUGAAUCGAAAAAGCAAAAAGUCAAGAAAGCUGUAAAGAAGGAUAAGUCUAAAAAGACUGAACAACUUGAAGAGGAAAUGAAACAAGUUGCUAGUGAAGAAAGGCAUGAAAAUAUUUCAGAUUUUAAGGAAGAUGCUGUAACCGCCAAAGAUCUCGAACAGCAUGACGUAUCUGAACUCGAAAUAGAAAAAGUGGAGGAGACAUUGACAAGAGUUAAAAGCCCUGAAGAAAAAGUGAAAGAUGAAGUUCUUGCUAUGGAUAAGGAGAAGGUCGGAAAGUCAGAUAUUGUCGAAGACGAGGAGCAGAAGCCGAAGAAAACAAAAAGAAAGAAGACUAAAAAAGAAGAGAAGCCUUCUGAAGAAAUAAUUCCGACAACUGAACAGAAAUCUGUUGAGGCAGCUGAAAGUUUUGUUGAAGAUAAUGUUAACAAGGCUGUAGAGGUAGGGAAGGAAACUAUUGAAGAUUAUGCUGGACAUAUCGAGCAGGAGGUGAAGGAUAAAGUUCUUGCGAUGGAUAAGGAGAAGGUCGGAAAGUCAGAUAUUGUCGAAGACGGGGAACAGAAGCCGAAGAAAACAAAAAGAAUGAAGACCAAAAAAGAAGAGAAGCCUUCUGAAGAAAUAAUUCCGACAGCUCAACAGAAAUCUGUUGAGGCAACUGAAAGUUUUGUUGAAGAUAAUGUUAACAAGGCUGUAGAGGUAGGGAAGGAAACUAUUGAAGAUUAUGCUGGACAUGUCGAGCAGAAGAUUGGUGAUAAGAUUCCCUUAAAGAAAGAAAAAGCAGUUACUGGAGAAAUGAAAUAUGUAAAUGAACUGGACAGAAAGAAAUCAGAAGGGAAGAGAAGUUAUGCGGAAGAAACAGUUGCAUUGAGUACUGAAGGAAAGAAGUUUGAAAACAGACUUGGUAAAAAAGUUUUACAAGGAGGAAAGAAGUCUGCAGAAACAGCUGUAGAAUUCGAAGUGGAAGAAAACUUCGAAAUAAAACAUGGAAAAGAGAAAGAAGUCGACGUUGAUGAAGUUUCUGAGACUGUAAAACUUGGUAAAAUAACUGAAGGGGUUGCAUUAGAAGAAGAAUCAAUAAUUGAGGGAAAUCAAGAAAUUAAAAAGAAAAGAAGUAAAGAGGUAAUUGCUGCUAAAAAGGCUGCCGUUGACGUCGCAAAUGAAAGACGUAGUGUGCAACUUGAGAAACAAGAUAUUAUUGCAGAAGAAAUUACAACAUCUAAAAUAAUGAAGAUUGAAGCAGAAAAAGCAAUCAAAAAAGAUGAUAAAGAAGGAUCUAAGAAAGAUAAGUCAAAAGUUAAGAAGAAGGAACAGCGUGCGGAACAAAGGGAGAAAACUGACGAGAUAGUCAGCGCUGACGUGUUCUUCAAAAACAUUUCAAACAUCGAAAAUGUUUGCAAAGUUAUCUCAACUUUGGGAAAUAAGGAAAUAAUUUCUACCACUGUGAAAGCAACUUCGAAGACGAAGAAAUCAAAAACGCCAAAAGAACUGAUAAAAGAGAAGCCAGAAGAUAUGCUAAAAACACAGGAAGAUAAGCCCGAGGCUGAAAAACUGGAAGCAAAGUUAGAAGUGGAUGAGGAGGUUGAAAGACCUGAAAAAGAAAAAUUCCAAGAUGAUGUAUUGAAACGGUUGGACUCAGGACAAGAAGUUGAGGAAAGAAAGCCUGUCGAAGAUAAAGAAGUAAAACCGAAAAAGGUUGCCGACAAAAAAGUCGUCAAAAAAGCAUUGAAGAAGCCUAAAGUUGAAAAUGAAAUGGCAAAGAAAAGUGUGGAGGAGGAUGUAAAACAGAAUGAGGAUGAGAUCCGAGAUGUGCAUGUGGAGGAAAAGUAUGUUAAAGAGGAAAAAGUGAACGGAUUCAAAGAUGAAGUUGAAAAACUAGAUAGCAUUUCUGAUGUUGACGUUACUGUUAAUAUACCGGCGAGUGAAAUAUUGGAACUAGAAGAUAGUACUAGAAUAAUAACACCGUCGCACAAGGAUGAGAUACCAACUGCACGACGAGUGCGUAAACGUCCAAGUGGCUUUGUCCUACCUCCACAGCGGCAAAUUCUGGCAUUUCGAAAUGAUACGGUUAAAAUUGAGUGUGAAGUUUUUAAUGAAGAAGAUAAGAUUAAUUGGACAAUUAAUGGAAAACCAGCUACGGAUGACAUACGAUGUACGGAAGUUGUGGAUGGAUAUCUAAGAAUUUUGCAAAUUAAAAGUGUUGUUCCAGAAGACACGGAUAUGGUCAUCACAGCUAGCAUUCAUGAGCAUUCUGCAGAAAGUCGUUUAAUUGUAGAGGAUAUACCAGUUGAAAUCAUCGAAAAAUUACCGCGUAAGAUCACAGCUAAAAUGGAUGAUUCCGUAAAAUUAUCGAUAACCGUAUCACAUCCAGAUCAAAAUUGCCAAUGGUUCUUUAAUAAAGAACAAUUAAUCGAAAAUAACGAUCGUUACGAAGUAAAUGUUGAAGGCAAUAUUUGCAGUUUGCUGAUAAAGAAUUUAGCUUAUAACCAAACUGGUCGCUACUCAGUAAAGGUAGAUUCUGCCGAAACAUCAACCAUUCUAACCGUUGAAGGAGCACCGAUGCUUCAUGAAGCCGAAACUAUUAUAACAACAGUUGAUCUGGAAUCACAAGACAAUUUAGUACUAAUGGUACCGUUUAAAGCAGUGCCGGAACCAACGGUAGAAUGUCUUCUUAAUAACGAAAAGAUUCCAAGCAGUUUAAAAACACAACUGGAUAUUUUCAAUGAUAAAGUAUGCUUUCGCAAACGUAAAGUGGACAAAAAUGAUGCUGGCGAGUAUACGAUCAAAAUCAGAAAUGAUUAUGGCGAAGUUUCACAGACAUUUUUUGUCAAUAUCAAAGAUGUACCAGGACCUCCCAAAAACGGACAUAUCACAGAUAUUGGCAGUUCCUGUGCGAGGGUGCACUGGGAAGCUCCUAAUGAUGAUGGUGGUAGUGCUAUCACAGGUUAUAUUGUAGAGAAAAGAGAAGAAUCGAGAAGAGCUUUUCAUCGCGUUGCUCAGGUGUCGAGUGAGGAAAUGGAUUAUUAUAUCGAUGAUCUGAAGAUGAAUACGUCCUACACAAUUCGAAUAGCAGCCAUGAACAAUUAUGGUGUUGGUGAAUAUUUAGAAUGUGCUUCGUUUCAAACAUCCUUACCAUUUGAAGCACCAACUAUAACACAUCCUCCAGUUGUCAGCAAUAUUACCGACCAGAGUUGUACACUGAAAUGGGAAAGAGUAACGGAAGAUGGUGGUUCGCCAAUUUAUGGAUAUGAUAUGUUCGUACGAAAAGAUAAAGGUGAUUGGGUAAAAGUUAACGAUGAAAUGAUAUUCACAGAACAAUUCACUGUUUCUAAUAUUGAAACUGGACCAACUUAUGAAUUCAAAGUGGAAGCAACAAAUGAAGCAGGUCUUACAUCAAAAUCAGAUGUCAUAUCGGAACCCCUUGUAAUUAUCAAAGCAGCGGAAUUACCGAUUUUGAGCUUACCAACAGUAGAACUUGUAAGCGGAGAUACGGUUCGCGUUCAAUGGAUUGAUGUUAUGGAGGAGAGCUGCAACGUGACAUCUUACGUAAUAAUGUACAAGUCGGAAAAUGCAUCGCUUUGGUCGGAGAAGGAAAUAGAACGCUCACCUGCGGACAUAAAUGGUUUGAAGGAAGGAUUAUCAUAUCUGUUUAAAGUUGCACCAAAAAGUGGUCCAACAAUCGGUGAAUUUUCUGAGGAAACAAUACCGAUACGUAUAGUUGCAGCUAAAAAGCCUGAAAUAACAAAAAGUAUCAGAGAUAUUUCGGUUUCACGCAAACGUGAACUUAAAUUGGAAUGUCAUGCAACUGGAGAACCUACUCCACAAUACAUCUGGUACAAGGAUAAUCAGGAAAUCGUCCCAGCUGCCGAAAAUAUUGAGAUCAUCAAUGAAGGUAGCAUGAGCAUUCUCUUAAUUCAUCAUACAUCCACAGCAGAUGGCGGUUUGUACAGAUGCGAAGUUGUUAACGAUCAUGGUUCAGCAGAAUCAGAGGCUUUAGUCACUGUCACAGAAGUUCGGGCACAUUUUGUUUCUUCAUUCCCCGAAUAUGUUGAAAUUGACGAAGGAGAAGAAAUUGGAUUUUCAUGUGAGCUGUCCGAUGCUGAUGCUUCUGUUGUUUGGUUGAAGGAUGGCAAACCCUUGCCAUCUGAUGAUCGGAUAAUGAUCAAAGAGGAUGGGGUUGAAAGAAAGCUUACAAUUAGAAAUGCAGUACUUGAAGACAGUGGCAAAUAUGUAUGUAGCACUAUUGAUAAAAAGACUCAAUCUGAAGCAGAGCUGAUUGUCAAAGAAGAACUGCCGCACAUCAAAAGAGGUCCACAAGAUCAGAUUGUUACUGAAUUUAACACUACCAUUACGUUGAAAUGCGAAACUACUAAGUCAGUAAAAGCUGUGAAAUGGUUGAAAAACAAAAAAGAAAUUUGGCCACGACAAGAGAAAUACAGCAUGAAUGUGGAGGGAACUGUUGCAACACUAACGAUUAUGCACUUCGAGCUCAAUGAUUGCGCCGAAUAUAAAGUAGCGCUUCGUGAGGAUGAAGAAAGUGCGCCAGCUAAAGUAGAGCUUAAGAUACCACCAAUGAUCAAAUUAUCGAAAGUUUUACCAAAUAAUGCAGUGAAACUGCACUGUGGCACUGAUUUUGAUAUCGAAUUCGAUUACGAAGGAUUUCCUGAGGUCGAUAUCAAUACGACUAUUAACGAAAAACCAUUGAAUAAAAUGAGAUCUCGUAUACAUACUUAUAAUAAUAAGCUGUCAUUACGUCUCAAAAAUGUAAUUCAGGAAGAUUCAGGUGUACUAAAAGUUGUGGUAGAAAAUGAAAUUGGAAGCGCAAGCGAAGAGAUUCAAUUGUAUGUAAUCAGUGUGCCUUCUAAACCACUUAAUUUGACAGCUUUCAAUAUAACAAGCCGUUCUGUAAUGCUCAAAUGGGAGAAAGCAGAAGAUAAUGGAUCUCCAAUUACAAAUUAUAUCGUUGAAAGAAGAACAACAGAUACCAAACGUUGGCGCAAUAUCGGAAAAUGUAAAUCGGAACAAUAUGAAUUUCUGGUUGAAGAGUUAUACCCAAGCGAAAGUUACUCUUUCCGCAUUAUUGCUGUGAAUGAAGUUGGUGAAGGAGCGCCAAGCAAUGUAGUUGAUGUAGUGACCAUGAAUGAAAGGGUUGAAUUGGAGACAACAACAAAACUUUUGUUAGCACCUAAUUAUUUGAAAGGAACACUUGUCGAGGACGGCAAAAUUAUUUUAAUAACAUGGGAGAAAGUUGAGGAAGCUGAACAAUAUAUCAUUGAACGAUCGAAAUUAGAAAAUUAUUGGGAGCAGAUUGGUGUAACAGUAGAAUCGAAGUUCGAGGAUUCUUUUGAUGAAAGUUCGAGUAACAAAUAUCGUGUUAUUGCAAAGAAGGAUGAUCUUUUAUCCAGUCCCAGUGAGGAAAUAGAAAUAGUCAACGGUCUUGAUUAUAAAGAGAAAGAAAUAGACCAAUUGGAAAAUAAGACUAUUGAAAUGUCUCAAGAAAUUUCUGAUAUGAAUGAGACGAAGCGACAAGAGACAGUGGAGCAAAAAUCUGAAAAACUAGAUGAUCAGAUUAAGCAAGAAAAAGUGGAUAAAAAAGUUGGGAAAAAGAAAGAAGGUAAAGAGAAGGGGAAAGUUGAGGUAGUGGAAAAAUUAGAGGAUGCUGAGAAACAGGAAAUUAAUGCUGAAGGAAAAGCAGAAACGAAAGCGGAACUAGAAAAUGAACAAGAAGAAAUUAAAGUUGGAAGAAAGGUAGAAGACGAAUUUAAAUCCCCGGAAAAAGUAGUCGAAGACAUUGAGGAAAAAACUGGAUCGAAAAAAGUUGCUAAGAAGGGAAUUCAGAAGAAGAAAAAAGCGAAGAAGGAAGAAAUUCCCAAAGAUGAAGUUGAAGUAACCAAAAAUUUUGAAGAGGAAAUGAUUAAAGCUGAAGAGAAAUCGGGAAUGGAUUUCGAGGGAGAAAGAGAAAAAGAUAAAAUAAAAUCAAACGAAGAAAAAAUUAAAUCAAUGGAGAAAGUCAAGAAAGCAGAAGUUGAAGAGACAUUGAAAGAAAAACAUUUAGAAAAGAAACUGGAAGGAAAACCAGAGAAAAAAGUAGAGGUUGUGCAAAAAACAGAAUUAUCAGAAGCUGUGAAGGUUGAACCUGAUAAGGAUUCUGAAAUAAAGAAAAGUGCAGAAGUAAAGCAAGAAGAUGGAAAUUUGUCGAAGAAAAAGAAGACAACGAGCAAGCAAAGGCCGAAGGAAACUAUGGAACAGAAAUUAGAGGAGUCAAUUUCCCAAGACGUAAUAUCCAAUGAUUUGAUUGCUGAGAAGAAAAAAGAAGAAGAAACAGUAAUGCAAACGGAAAAGUUAGAAGUGAAAUCUGUUAAUAAUUCGGUAACGGUUAAUUACGGAAUGAAGAGUUUCGAAUUGAGAGUAGAUAUCAGCGGUAAUUUCGAUGAGUGCUUUUGGACGAAAGAUGGAAAAGCAAUUGACGACAAGUUAGUAAAAACCACAGCGAAUAACUCAGUUUUACGCCUUGAAAAUAUUGAUGAAUUGGCGGCAGGACUGUAUCAUUGCACGGCAACGAAUAAGAUGGAGAAAGCAACCGCUGAAAUUUGCGUUACUGUUGCAGACAAGCCAAAAAUUGAAUUUGACGAAACUGUCAUUGGAGUAAAAGAUGGUGAAAUGUUAAAAAUUCAUGCAAAUGUUACGGGACUGCCGAUACCAACUUGCAAAUGGUUAAAAGAUGGUGUGGAAUUAAAAACAGAUAAUAAUACCAUCAUUACAUUCAAAGAAGGUGUUGCUGUCUUAACGAUCAAAAAAGCAAAUGUUGGUAAUUCAGGUCUUUAUAAGUUGAUUGCGGAAAAUAUAUACGGAAAACAAGAAAAUCAGGUUGAACUGCAAGUUAAAGGUGCUCCAUCUGCUCCAGUUGGUCCGUUACAAAUAUCUGAUAUAACAAAUGUUUCAUGUAAACUUGCAUGGUAUCCUCCAGAGCAAAAUGGUAAUAGUAAGUUACUCGGUUACUGUAUCGAAAAACGUGAUGCGAAGAAAUCAAGUUGGGCAUUUGUCGCACGUACUACAUCAACAAAUGCAGUUAUAACUGGUUUAACUGAUAGUGCAAAGUAUUACUUCCGUGUUACAGCUGAAAAUGCUUUCGGUACUGGAUCAGCUUUAGAAAAUAACGAACCCGUACAACCGAUAAAAAUUACUGCAACUGAAAAGCCGAAGAUUAAGAAAGCACCAGAAAAAGAGAUUGGUCGAGCAGGUGAUAAACUUAUACUUAGUGUAGAAUUUACUGCUGAACCAGUACCCGAAGUUCAUUGGUAUAAAAAUGGUAAAGAACUGUUUGAUGAUGUGAGCAGUACUAUCACAAAAAUGGAUAAGAAAUCAGUAUUUACAAUCCAGAAACUUGUUGAGGAUGAUGAAGGAGACUAUCAGGUUACUGUAGAAAAUGAAGCCGGUAAAGCACAACAUAAAAUCAGCGUAGAAGUAAAAUCGGAACCAAUGAUAAUUGAUGCUGACAAAUAUAAAGAGCCACAAGUUUUCCAUAAAGGUGAAAACGUCAAGCUACAAUUCGCUUUCACUGCUGAAUUAUUGCGAUAUUGUCGUAGAUACCGUAAAAAGGAGGAGAGUGAAUAA